GCAAGGAGCCCCACCCGGUGCUGACCUUCCUGCCCGCGGCCACCGUGGCGCGCCUGGACCUGCGGACGCUGCAGCAGCGCGUCAAGCUGCCGAGGCUGCAGGAGCUAGGACCUGGCGUCGGAGUUCGCGCGCUCGGACACCGAGGGGAGGCUGCGCGGGGACAAGGCACGGGAGGCCAUGCGCAGCGACCUGAGGAGACGAUUGCCGCCGUGCGAGUGGUGGUAUCGAAGCCCGAGGGCGAGCGGGACGAGCGAGACCUCGAGGUCCUGGAGGGCCACCUCCGGAAGUCCGCGCUCUUCGAGAGCCUGAAGCCGGACUUGCUGAAGGAGGUGGCCGCCAAGGUCAGGCUGCGGCAUUUUCAGACGGGCGACGUGGUCUGCAGGGAGCAGAAGAGGCUGGGGGGAGUAUACCUCGUGCUGAGGGGUACUGCCUCGGUGCGCGCCGGCUCCUACGCCGGGCAGUCGGGCUCGUCUUCCAACCACGGCGAGCAGUCGGUUCGGGGGCCGGGCUCCCUGAUAGGGCAGCAGGAGGUGCUGACCCACGGCGGCGUCCUGUGUCCCUCCGCCUGGGGUGACUGCCCUAGCCUGUGGACGGCCUUGGCGAUCUCGCCCCUGGAGGUCCUCUUCCUGUCCGCCGAGGCGGCCGCGGAGGCGCUCGGCAGGCGCGCGCUCGCGGAGAAGCUGGAGGCGAUCCUGCUCUUCCCCGCGGCGAGGAGGUGCAGCCCCGCGGAGCUCCGGGAGAAGUCCAAGGUGGCUCGCAAGGGCGACAAGGUGCCACUGCACGCCCUGUUCGAAUUGAUGGAUUCCCCGCGCAAUCACAUCUUUUACAGGGCGGGAGACAAGCUGCCUCCAGACCAGUCGAUGGUCGGGCUCGUGGUCGAGGGGUCUGUCCGCCUGAAGGAGGAGAGGGGUGGCCGGGAGACUUUCCUCGAGGCGGGGGCCACGUUCGGUGAGGAGCCGCUCAGGGGGCAGCCCUACGAGGCCACCGCGCAGGUGGUUUCCAAGCACGCGUCGGUGCUCCUCAUCAGCGCCGCCGACUACGUCGCCCAGUUCCUCGGGGGCAGGCUGAGGCCUCCCGUACAGCCGCCGGCCGACCGCAGCCGCGGCGGCCGCUCUCGCCACGCACCGCCCGGGCCCGCCCGGGCGGCGUGCUCCAGGAUCGCUGCACGCGGCAGGACGCAGGCAGGCCGCGCAGAGGGCCGACCGGCAGGCCCUCCUCGCGGAGGAGCGGCGCCCGGUGCGCCCCGGGCGGCCCGGCCGCACGCGGGCCGCCGGGGCCCAGGCCGUGGCGCCGGGGUCGGCCCGCGAGAGGCGGUGACGUCGG